AAAAAAAGUUAAGGUGUGGUGAACAAAAUAACUCCAAAAUAGCUGUGACGUUAUUUUUUUUCUUUUUGGUGUUUGUGAUGAGGGUGUGAAAAUUACAUCAAAACAAAAAUCUAAACGAGAGUGAAAGCCCACACCACACAGCCUCCCAAAGAACACAAAAAUGAAUGCCCGAACAGAGGAAAUAAAUGGUGCCAAGAGUCUCGGCGGUGAUGCGGCAGGCCUGGUGGUGUCAUAUCGGUGUUGCGGUGGUGUUUUAGUGGUGGUGCUGGUGGUGGUGUCUCAGUGAACGGGUGUUGAACGUUACCAAUGGUGAUGUAGGAGGUAAAUUAAUUGUGUUGAGAUAGUUGUUACUCGGUGUUCGGUGGAGUAGUGGUGGUGGUGGUGAUGGUGGUGGUGGUGAUGGUGGUGGUGGUGAUGGUGGUGGUAUCUCAGUGAACUGGUGUAUAUAAGGAUGGUGAUGUAAGAGCAAUAUAGCAGUGGUGUUGAAAUAGUCGUUGCUGUUUGCUCGGUGGUGUGGUGAUGGUGAUGCUGGUGGUGGUGAGAUCUCUAUAAAGUGGUGCUGAACUAAGCAGUGCUGUUGAUAUAGUUGUCACUCGGUGUUGCGUCAGUGGUAGUGGUCUUGUUGUGGUGAUGAUGUUGAUGGUGGUGGUGGUGGUGGUGUCUCAAUAAACUGGUGUUGAACUAUAGCAAUGGUGUUGAUAUAGUUGCUACUCGGUGUUGCGUUAGAGGUGGAGGCGGCGGUGAGUCCUGCCAGUCGCUAGGAUCCUUCACCCCGGCAUGGAGGUCCUGCGGUGCUGCCUGCGGUGUCCCUGCAAGUGGUUGGCUCCUCCCUGCGUGAAGGACGCAGAGCAGGAGGAGCUGCGCUACAAACUGCACCGGCACAGGCGGCGGCGGGCGGCGCUGCGGCGGCUUGAGGAGCGGCGGGAGGAGGCGCAGCGGGAGGAAGAGAGGGAGAGGGAGAGGGUGAGAGAAAAGGUCCUCCUCCACCAACAGUUCCGCCACCUGUACCGUUCUGAGAGGCUCACAUCCACUUCCCACUCCACCCUCGACGCCUCCGUCAGUCCAAGCUCCAGGGGCAGCUUGCACCCGACGCAGGAUAUCCUCAGCAUCUUCAGCGAUCCGCAUAUCCUGCUGGACAGCUCUCCGGAGGGAUGCCAGGGAGCUGCUGCGCUACAGGAACCAGAGAAGAAGGAAGGGGAGGAGAGGGAGGAGGGGUGUGGCUCAGAGGCUGGGUGUGAUGGCUCAUGUUUCCAGCAGGAGCCUGAGGGAAGAUACGGGGCCUCAAAGUGGGUCUCCUGCUUACCCCGAGUGGAGGAGGAGGCCACGGAUGAAGCAGAGCAUGAGCAGGAAAAGGAAGAGAAGGAGGAGGAAGAUGAGACAGUGGACAGUUACUUCCUUCCUUAUCCUCGGCCACACUCCCUCCUGACGCCUACUCCAGACAGCAUCACUCACUCAGCCACGAAGGGCGGCGGGCAGAGGUUCUCCUUGAUGAGCUACACGGAUUGGCUACGGGACGGGGGGUUGAAGAGCUCUGUUCCCACUCCCAUCCACACGCUGACCUCGCUAAGACGUGCCAGAUCAGAACCCAAACUCCCUCAGGCCAGCAGUAAGAACAGGCUGUUGGCGAGGUCCCACGAAGCACAAUGCCUGAAUCAAACGCCCUCGGCCUCAAAAGUGCGCCACGGAAGGAAGAGGAGCAAGGACAGAAAGGAUGAUGCAGGGAAGAAAGAUGGUGACGGGAGGCAUAGCGAUCGGUCCACAGGUGCGUCUCACAGGAGUAACCGAGCCUCUACCACCACUGCGAGACACAGAGAUGACCCACAGCAAGGGAGGGAGAGAGCCAGACACACGGACGAGACACAGACAGCCAGAGAAAGACCAGCCAGACCGAAAUCAACGAGGAAGAAGAGCAGAAAGGGAGAUAAACAAAAA